UUGUAGGGAUGAAUGAGCAAUCCGUGCCCCCCUUCCCUCCUUUCACUCGCAAUUGUCGCAACCCUUUUCAAUCUCCAUAACAUCUCCGAUCUUUCAUUUCUCCCAGACCACAUCCUCAUCGACCUUUUCUGAGAACCUUGAAAGCUGGGAAACUAACUGAAAAGAUUUUGAAACUCUUUGUGGCAACCGGGAAGGAGGAAAUUCUUUCUAUGAUUCAAGCGCUUAAUAUCCAGCUUGUUCUAACACCUGUCCUUCCCACUAGAUGCUCGGAAAAGUUGUAAGGCCAGACAACCUUUGAUCUUGCUCCUUCACUGUUAAAUCUCUAUCCAAUCUCCAGGUGCAAUUUCAUUGAAUUGCCUUUUUUCUUGGAUUUAUCACAAUAUGUCUCUACCAACUGUUAAUGACAAAGAAGUGGAUAUUGUGAUUGGAGCUUUCCGCUCUGAUCUUACGUCUUUCAUGGAGGAAUGGAGACCUAUAUUUUCUCGAUUCCAUUUGAUAAUUGUGAAAGAUCCCGACCUUAAAGAACUAAAAAUCCCUGAUGGCUUUGAUGUUCGUAUCUAUACCGAGAUAGAUAUACUCAAAGUGGUUGGAUCUUCUAAUGCUGCUCUGUUUGCUGGAUACUCAUGCCGUUAUUUUGGCUAUCUUGUAUCCGAUAAAAAGUACAUAAUAUCAAUCGAUGAUGACUGCACCCCGGCUAAAACCAAGAGUGGUGAAUUUGUAGACAUAAUCACCCAACACAUCACCAACCUUAAAACUCCAGCAACUCCUUUCUUCUUCAACACGCUCUAUGACCCAUAUCAAAAGGGAGCAGAUUUUGUUCGUGGCUACCCUUUUAGCUUACGUAGUGGCGUCCCAUGUGCUCUUUCAUGUGGACUUUGGCUCAAUUUAGCAGACUACGAUGCACCAACGCAAGCACUGAAGCCAGAUAUGAGGAACUCUAGGUAUGUUGAUGCUGUUUUGACCGUACCCUUGAAGUCAAUGAUGCCCAUGAGUGGAAUCAACAUAGCUUUUGACCGGGAGCUGGUGGGCCCCGCGAUGUUGCCGGCUUUAAAGCUGGUAAAGGAAGGGAAAGUAAGGUGGGAAACAAUGGAAGAUAUAUGGUGUGGUCUUGUUGUGAAAGUGGUAUGUGAUCAUUUGCAGUUAGGUGUGAAAAGCGGGGUUCCAUAUGUUUGGAGGAAUGAAAAAGGAAGCGCGAUCGAUAGUUUGAAGAAAGAGUGGGAAGGAGUGAAGCUGAUGGAGGAUGUUGUUCCGUUUUUUGAGACCUUAAAGCUGUCUCCAGCAGCGGUGACAGCAGAGGAUUGUGUGACGGAGAUGGCUGCAGCCGUGAAGGAGCGGCUCGGACCAUUGCAUGCGGUGUUUGUGAAUGCAGCCCAGACCAUGGUGGAAUGGGUGAAGCUCUGGAAGGCGGUUCGAUCUCAGGUUUCGUCUUAAAUCCCAUUUGGUUUCUGCAAAUGGUAUAUUGAAGAUGUCCUUUCAGAUAUCUCUGUGUGUUUUGAAAUAAAUGAUGCCUCUUGAUGCAUUCUAAUAUGGACACCAUGUUUUUAGAAUUUUAUUCACUUGGCCUCAUAAUUUCUAAAAGUAUGGGCACUUUAUGUGGCAUGUUUUUAUUGGUUUUAUGUGGUAGAGUAUCAGAAAUCUUGUCAUAUUGGAGGGUGUAGAUUUCAAGUUUGAUAUUUGACACUGAUUGUAGAUAGAUUUUCUGCA